AUGUUCAGCUCUUUAGUGCUUGUGGGAAUUAUCUGUCUGAGCAGCACAGAGCCUCUCAAACGCCAUAAAAGAGCAUGGAUUAUAGACUCGUUUGACAUCGUGGAGGAACACCCGGGGCCUUUCCCUUAUGAAUUGGGGCAGAUUAAACUGGACCGUAGCUAUUUAGUGGAGUUCAUGCUAAAAGGCAAAGGUGUGGAUGAAGACCCAAAGGGUGUCCUGUCUAUUGAUUCGAGCACAGGAGUCAUUAAAGUCCACCGUAAGGUCGACUUUGAGCAAUACAGUGUUUUGAUGCUGACCUUUCAAGCAAGAAAUAAAUCCAACUUGGCCAUAGACACACAACUAGGCAUGGAGGUCAACAUACUGGACAUCAAUGACAACCCGCCAAUAUUCCAGAGAAAAGUUUAUGAUGUCACUAUAAAUGAGGCAGCAAAACAAGGUAGUUUUGUUGUUGGUGUAUUAGCAAUUGAUAAGGAUGCAGCGGGAACUCUGAAUUCCACCAUUGAUUACAAAAUCAUUUCCGUAGCUCCAGCCACUAAAAAUACGGAAUUCUAUAUCCAAGACAGUGGUGCAAUAUCGUUUAAAGGAUGCUUUGAUUAUGAGGUGGCUAAUAAAUACACUAUAAUAGUUGAAGCAAAGGAUCGUGGAGAAGUUGUAAAGUUGUCAAGCACAGCAACCAUAAUUCUCAACAUUCAGGAUGGCAACAACCAUAUACCAGUUAUCACAGGGCAAACGGGUUCAGGGUAUGUGGUGGAGGGGACGAAAGGUAUCUCCCCUCUCAAAAUACACACAACUGAUACUGACACCCGUCUCACUCCAGCAUGGAGGGUCAGAUACUCCAUACAAGGGGAUAAAGGUGGUCACUUCUCCAUUCACACUGAUCCAGACACCAAUGAUGGAAUCCUCACAGUGAUUAAGCCCCUAGACUUUGAAAAACAAGCAGAACAAAAACUCACCAUCUUUGUAGAGAAUGAAGAGCCUUAUUUCUUUUGUGAGGUGAAGGCUAAACCUGCAGAUGGCCUCUGGACCGUCAUCACAAAUCCAUCAAAACCAUCCUCUAUUAAUAUUACCAUAACAGUGGAAGAUGCAAAUGAUCCUCCAUACUUCCCAGAUCCAAAAAGGAAAGUAAAUAUGGAAGAAAAUGGUGUUAUUGGAGCAUUUGUGGACAGAGUGACAGCAGUCGAUCCUGACACUGGACGUCCUCACAAACUAGAGUAUUCUAUUGAACAAGAUCCUGCAGGUUGGUUCAGAGUAGACAAAACAACCGGGGAAAUCUUUGUAAAAGAGGCAUUGGACAGAGAGUCAAGUCAUGUGACGAACGGGACUUAUACAGUCACUGUCCUUGUGACAGAGAAGGAUGACCAUCCUCCAAUGACAAGCACUGCUACAAUUCAGAUCCACAUCGAAGACAAGAACGAUAAUGUCCCCUUGUUAAAGGAGAACAUGGUUUCUGUCUGUCAGUCUGAUGAAGUGUCAAGUACAGAGAUCACAGCCUAUGACCCUGAUGGGGAUCCAUACAGCGGACCAUUCAGUUUUGAAGUAAUAGGAGAUCAUAAGGAUAAAUGGAGCUUUGACCCCAGCCAUGGUAACACAGUGCAUUUGGUGAAGGAUAAAAGUGUUCAUGCCAGUCUGUACACACUGAUUUUGAAAAUCUCUGAUAAACAGGGCAGGUUUGUCCUUCAGAAUCUCUCUGUUGCCGCAUGUGAUUGUGCUGUCUCACCAAACUGUCUGCUGCAGCGCAACACACAGCAAACAGUAGGAAGUGGUGUCAUAGGAAUUACCAUCUUUGCCGUGCUGAUGAUUUUGGCAAGCCUGUUGCUGUCCCUAACUUGCUCUUGUGGGACUGUGAAGUCUCUGGUGGAAGUAGACAAUGUCUUAGAAGAUGCCCUUCUGCCUUCUAACAUUGAGAAACCUGGCACUGAUUGUGUGGUCCCGACUAUUCUACUGAAGAAAACAUCUGUAAGUCAGUCAAAGGAAGCAACUCUUGUCAAUAAUGGGGUUCAACAGACAUCUGACAUUCAGCAGGUAUCUAGCAAUGUUAUAGCCACUCAGAGUCUCCCAGUUCAAGUGGAUGACCGUUGGUCUAGAGGCAGAUCACAGUAUUCUAGUGAGAAACAGGCAUGGAUGCGGAAACAAAUCCAGUAUCAGAGUGAGAACCACUACCAGGGUUCAACAUUUAGCAGGAGGAACUCACAAAGAAGAAAGAGUGCCUAUUUCAUCACCCGAUCGACUCUACAAAGCUUGCUUUCUCAGAGGCUGCAUUCAAUACAGUCCCAGGAAAAUGAGUUGCUUGAUUACGAGCCUCAACUUUAUACCUUUGAGGACAACUCUGAGAACUUUGCAGACCUUGACCCCAUAGACCUGCCCAGUAAUGAGUUUGAUCCUGAGCUUUUCUCUGACCUUGGACCAGCAUUUAAGCAUCUGGCUUCUAUCUGUAACCCAGGGACAAUGUCAAAAACAGAAGUGAUGAAGAAUGGGACUAGAUAGUCUAGUGAUCAGGGGAUGGAUUCACAAAACAUUUUUAACAAUAAAAUGUCCCAUGUUUUCCACAUGGACAUGUCGCCAUGUUUCACAUAUGAUCACAUGGAUUUCACAUGGAAACUGUUCCAAAACCACGUUUUACAUAUGCAACGUAUGAAUUAUACAUUUGAUCUAAAUGUGUUUUUUCACAUGUGUAAUUCGUCGCAAUUCAGUAACGACAACUUUACUAAAAAUAGUGUCCUUGUUUUUAAUUUUAGACAUUUUCGUCAGAAUUAACAUAUGGGAGCGUUAAUAUACCGGACACGUUCACAACGCUAGACACACACACACACACACACACACACACACACACACACAGAGAUAGGCUACAGGGUGCAGAGAUCACAAAAAGAAAAAAAAGAUGAUUUAAAAGUUUAAAUCAUGAAUGCAACAGACCGAUCCAUUAUGAGACAGACUCUUUAAAAAUAACUAGGCCAGUUUAAAUACACAGGGCAUUAAAAACGUGAUGCCAAGUACUGAACUCCAGUCAAGGUGGUCGCGACGAAAUAGUGUGCACACUGAUUAUGAUUGAUUAUUAGGGUAGCCUAAUCUGCGAGAAGAGCAAAAAAACACGGCCUUUAAAGUGUUCUUCAGCAAGAAUCACCAUUCAGUAUAACACCAAAGUCAUUUUCUUUUUACGAAAAAUAUGUUCAUAAAAAAAAACAUUUGACAACUUUAGAUUUUUUAAAGAAGUGCACUCAGGAAUAUUCUUAUGAACUUCAUGGAAUUUAUCUUGAAGUUAGCAUAAAUGGAAGUUUUGAUAGUCCUUCAUUCCCUAUUGUGACAUAUAUCCCAGUGAAACAUCUCGAACAAGAAAAAAAAAAAAAAAAGUAGGACGGGACUUAAUUGCAUUGAUUGGAUCUUCGUUGUUUUCUAUUGCUGCAAUCUCAUGUGAGUAACAGGUUGUCCCGCCCUAGUAAAAAACACAUCAUCAAAACUAUCAUUGUGACUUUCACAACGAAAUGUCAAAAGUUCUUUCUUAAGAAGGCUUUUGUGAAUCCAGCCCCAGGAUGUUGAAGAUGUUUUACAUUCUUAUACAGGACUGGUUAUUUUGAACAGAAGGGUUAAUUGUUUCAAAAGAAAAAAAAAAAAUAGUGAUAAUAAUUAGAGAGAUUUUUUUUUUUUUUUUAAUGUCCCUCAUAGAUAAAGUUUGAUUGGUAUUGGUAUUAUUAUUAUUUCACAAUAGAUUUUUUUUUUUUUUUUUUUUUUUUUUAAUGUGUGCCUGAAAUAGGAUUGUGUGAUUGCAUUGUUUAUUUUGUAAUUUCUAUGACAAAUGGCAAAUAUUAUAUAUAAGCAUUCACUUGUCUAUAGUUUUCCAGGUUAUAAAAGAAUGUUCAGUGCAUACUUUUACAACCUAAAAUUCUCAAUUUGCCACUUAUGCAAAUGGUCUCAAAUCUUGACAUUAGAGAUUCAAGAAAGUGAAAUUCACACUUUGAGUUUGAAGCCAAAAUAGUCUUUUUUCAAGUACAAGAGAUGUCACCUGCAAAGAUAGCCUAUAUUUCAAGUGUGAGUAAACUGCACCUGCAAAGAAAAGUUAUUACUACCUCAAUUUGAGGAAAUGCAAUGAUCUUUAUUUUGUUUUUAGAGUGAUUGUUUACAUGUCAAAAUAUAUGAUGCAAGUAAAAACAUUGUACUCAGGGUUACAUAGAAUCGUAUCCUUAAUCAGUUACUGGCAUGUUUUGUAAGAUGGUUGUAUCUUAACCAUUGAAAAGUCUUUUUGUACGCAUCAAAAAGUAGAAAGUACACAUCAAAAGUAGAAAGGCAAAAAAUCUACAGAAAUGUAGAAGAAAUCAUGGAAUGUCAAAACUUACCUGUAACAAUGUAUUGUUGCCUUUGACCCAGUGCUUAAGUGGGAAAAAAUGUGAUUGUUUCUUACCUUAUUCUCUUACUUAAAAUGUUUGUUUAGUAGAUGUUUUCUUGCUAUCUCUACAAUCACACAAUUGUCUGUCUUACAUUGUUGUGCUGU